CAUCCAGCCUCACUCCGCGGCAGUCAGCGAGUCAGCACGUUCCGUCGAACGGCGCGCGCUCGCUUCGGUCGCGAAAUUCAAAAUUAGAACGUCGACACGAAAAGUGAUUUAUCCCAGAUAGACGUGUUUUGUUUUGUCUAUGAUUUUUUUUGAGUGACUAAUAAGUUUUGAUAUUUGUGACAAUAUGGGAUCGAUAAAAAUAAUAAGACGAAGUCUAUGGCUUCUGGCGAUUGUGUCCCUACAGACACAGGCGCAGAAGAACAAAAUAGAAGACAGCAAUAUACAAGCAGUUCCUAGCGACUUGAGACGAGCCGUUAGCGAAGCGCUGACUGCUGAGAGGAGGUUUCUACUAGGAGCCAAUGAUGUAUACAAUUGUAGCUCCGAGGAGGAUGACAUCAGCAACACGCCGUGUCCUCCCAGCAAAUACCGCAGCGCCAGCGGGGAGUGCAACAACGUGCGACACCGUCCAUGGGGCCGGCGCGGCGACGUGUUCAUACGGCUGCUGCCUCCGAACUACGCCGACGGUGUGUCACAGCCAAUGUCACCCCCCCGAGUGCCGGAGCCAGCGCUGGCGGUGCAGGCGGUGGCUCAACUGGCUCAACCCUCAGAGCACGACUACGUCACCAGCAUGUUGGCCGCCUGGGGACAGUUUGUGAUGGACGACCUAAUAGCCACUGCUAACGGAAACAAGAACUGCGAGGGAUCAUUUUGCGAAUAUAUGCGGUCAGCGCCUACGAGAAACAUUGACAACUGCGGUUUUGAUCACAGAGAGCAGAUGAACAUGGCAACGUCAGUGUUAGACGGGUCAGCUCUGUACGGCAGCUCGGAAAAGGAACUCCGCUCGCUUCGAUUGUAUGACGCGGGGAAAAUGGACGUCGGCUCUUGUCGCAAAUGCAACGACGGCAGUCCCACUGCUCCUCUGUACAGAACUCUGGUGGCCGAACACAACCGUAUAGCGGGUCAGCUGUACUCAAUGAAUCCCUUCUGGGAAGACAACGCGUUGUUCUUGGAGGCUCGCAGAGCAAUGGCCGCUCUCAUCCAACACAUUACUUACAAUGAGUUCUUACCAGUUUUGUUGGGAGAGGUGGGCAUGGCGAAAGCGGAACUGAAGUUGACCUCACUGGGAUUCUGGCGCGGAUACUCCAGCACUAACCGAGCCGGCGCGUACGCCGAGUUGGUCUCCGUUGCCCCAAUUUUCAACGCCAUGAUGAAUGAAAAAUUGUUAAACACAACAGUAACUCUUCAAGAUCUGGUUAAAACAAACGCUCACCAAGUGUCCAGGUUCCCAUCGUCAUCACAAUGGGACCUCAACCGCGCGCGCGACCACGGACUACCCUCAUAUUUGAAAGUGCUCCGUACUUGCGACCCCAUGGCCAAUGUGAAGUCUUACGCCGACUUCGAUAAGCUCGGUUUUGAUAGAACACAUCAGGAAAUGUUAGCUGACAUGUACAGAAAUGCUGAAGACAUCGAGCUAAUGGUCGCUGGUGCUAUCGAGAAGCCCGCCACCGGCGCAGUCAUCGGAUCUACUUUGGCUUGCGUGAUGGCACUGCAAUUCGCAAAUUUGAAAAAGAGUGACAGGUUCUGGUACGAAAACGAUAUUCCUCCAUCCUCGUUCGCUCCUGAACAACUAGGAGCUAUUAGGAAAGUGUCUCUCGCCGGCCUGCUGUGUGCUGCUGAUGAAACUCUCGGCCGUAUCCAACCUAAAGCCUUCGUUAAGGAAGAUCCAUACUUGAACGCAGCUCAACAGUGCUCUCAGCACAGCAGCCUGGAGUUGUCAGCGUGGCGCGACGAAACCGGAGCCAAAGCCGCCGAGCGACUCUCUCAAGACAUGCUUUCCGCUGCAUUACAAAAGGCGAAGCAAGAAAUGGCUGAUAGAAAGAAACUCGAAUAUAUGUUAUGGGAAGCACAUGGAGGAGCUGACCCCAAGUCACCAGUAGGUACUGCAGCGUCAUUCUCAAAAGCGAACAAGUAUGCGCUGAAACUCGCCAACACUUCACUAUUCUUUGAGUUUGCCACUAACGAGUUACUCAACUCUGUUAACGGGCGUCGUCGCAAGCGUCAAAUCUUCAGCGAUUCCCUCGGCUUCGGUUCAGCAAACGACUUCGUGGAUUCCUUACAAUCUGUUGACGUCAGCAGUUUCCUCGGUCAGGACCAACUUGGUCCGGUCAUUGAGCCACAGUGUGACGAUAAUGGCAACUGCGAUCCUGACAAUCCAUUCAGAACUUACACCGGCUUCUGCAAUAAUCUGAGAAAUCCUAAUUUGGGAAAAAGUUUGACCACCUUUGCAAGAUUGCUUCCUCCGGUUUAUGAAGAUGGUGUGAGCCGUCCUCGCAUCAACUCAGUGACCGGAACUCCUCUGCCGUCUCCGCGUAUAGUGUCUACAGUAAUUCACCCAGACAUCUCCAAUCUGCACACCCGCUAUACUUUGAUGGUCAUGCAGUUCGCACAAUUUCUCGACCACGAAUUGACUAUGACCCCAAUUCACAAAGGUUUCCACGAAUCAAUUCCCGAUUGUCGGUCAUGUGACUCGCCGAGAACCGUGCACCCUGAAUGCAAUCCAUUCCCAGUGCCUCGCGGAGACCACUACUAUCCUGAAGUCAACAUCACAUCAGGCGAAAGACUGUGCUUCCCCUUCAUGCGAAGUUUACCUGGACAACAGCAGUUAGGACCUCGUGAGCAAGUCAACCAAAACACAGCAUUCAUCGACGCAUCAGUCAUCUACGGAGAGAACCCGUGCAUCGUGCGCAAGCUGCGCGGCUUCAACGGCCGCCUCAACGCCACCGCCAACCCGCUGAACGGCAGGGAUCUGUUGCCGCGCUCCGACAGCCAUCCUGAGUGCAAAGCAGCCAGUGGAUUCUGUUUCAUUGCUGGUGACGGCAGAGCAUCUGAACAACCUGGUCUAACUGCCAUCCACACAAUCUUCCUCCGCGAGCACAACCGCGUGGUGGAAGGCUUGCGAGGAGUCAACCCGCACUGGGACGCCGACCUGCUGUUCGAGCACGCGCGCCGCAUCGUCGCCGCACAGUUGACGCAUGUCAUCUACAACGAGUUCCUGCCUAGGUUGCUGUCCUGGAACGCCGUCAACCUAUACGGACUCAAGCUUUUGCCUUCUGGCUACUACAAAGAAUACUCUCCAACCUGCAACCCAGCCAUUGUAACGGAAUUCGCAGCUGCGGCCUUUAGGUUUGGUCAUUCACUACUGAGGCCGCAUCUACCUCGUCUGUCACCGAACUAUCAACCAGUCGACCCACCAAUUCUUCUUAGAGACGGAUUCUUCAGACCUGACAUGUUCAUGAACCAUCCACCAAUGGUAGACGAACUUAUACGAGGCCUUUCAUCCACGCCCAUGGAAACACUCGAUCAAUUCAUCACUGGCGAAGUUACAAAUCAUCUUUUCGAAGAUCGCAAAAUACCUUUCUCCGGCAUUGAUUUGGUAGCUCUAAACGUACAAAGGGCGAGAGACCACGGUGUCCCAAGCUAUAAUAACUACAGAGCACUUUGCAACCUAAAGAGGGCUACUACUUUCGAUGACUUGGCUAGGGAAAUACCUGAUGAAGUUAUUGCUAGAUUCAAGAGAAUAUACGCGACGGUCGACGACAUCGACCUAUUCCCGGGCGGUAUGAGCGAGCGGCCGCUGCAAGGAGGUCUCGUGGGGCCAACUUUUGCCUGCAUUAUCGCUAUACAAUUCAGGCAGCUCAGGAAAUGUGAUCGCUUCUGGUACGAAAACGACAACAGAGCGGCGCGUUUCACAGAACAGCAGCUGUCGGAGAUUCGUAAGACGACACUGUCGAAGAUUCUGUGCGACAACUUCGACGUGGCCACCGAUAUCCAACGCGCCUCCUUCGAUUUGCCCAGCAAUUUCUUGAAUCCCCGCGUGCCAUGCUCGUCUCUGCCCAAGAUAGACUUGUCAGCAUGGCGGGAGAGCUCCACCCAGGGUUGUCUCAUCGCUGCCCGCAACGUGCCGCUCGGCGAGUCGGCCUUCCCGUCGCCUUGCACCUCCUGUAUCUGUUCUACUGAAGGGGCGCAAUGUGCAUCACUACGCAUAACAGACUGCGCACAGUUAUGGCGCGAAUGGCCGCGUGAAGCCGUUCUACGUGACGACGUCUGCACGGCGCAGUGCGGCGCCGCGCCCGCACAACAACGCGCUCCAAGACGACAGAACAUCAACUUCAAGUUCCCAGACCUUACGCCAUUCAUCGCUAAAUGAGCGAGACAGAUAUCUAUCCUCCAUACGAGCGAUAGAGACAGUGAUAUAAACUAUUAUAGACUCAAAAGUGCAACAUCAACUUAGCCUGCAUUAACAGACGUUUCUCAAUUUCGAAGUUGAAGUUCAAGCAACUUGAGGUCGAAAUUGUGGUAUUUAUUUUUACUAAAAUCAACACUGCACUCGUGUAAGUGCUCUUGAGUUGAGCAACGUCUGUUAAUGGGCUUAAGUUCUCGCACCUCAUGCCAUUUGUCGCCGAGUGAGCGAAACAACAAUCUAUCUGUCAUACAAUGAUUGAGACAAGUGAUAUAGACUAAAGAGUGCAACAAGUGCAACAUCUACUCUAAGUUUCCGUACAUCAUGCCCUUUAUCGCAAAGUGAGCGAGACAGCAAUCUAUCCUCAUACAAGUGAUAGAAAUAAAAGAUUAGAUAACUGUAGGUACUGGUGAUUAUAUGAAAUCGAGAGACAAACCAAUCUAUUUGUUUGUUCAGAUAUUCCAAUCAGAUUUUUACAAAUUUAAUUAUAUAGUAGGCUUUUAAAAUAAAAUAUUAUGUAGGUAGGUAGGCCUAGGACAAAAUAUUACUUCACUUAUUGCCAUAUGAGCGAGACAGCAACAUAUCCUCCGUAUGAGUGAUGGAGACAAGUGAUAAAAACUUAAGAGUACAAGUGCCCGCAUCAUUUUCGUUGAUGACGUUGUUUCAAAUCCGGAAACAAAACCCCUUUUGUUCUAAAAUUCCAAUCGUUUUAAAAUAUCUUACAAAUUGUAUUGUAAUACACCUAGAUAAAUCUAAAUAACACUAACCAUGAAAAAUUACCAUCAAAUAUUCCUUGUCAGUUGUCUAAAUCAAAACAAAGAGAUAUACUCAUACUAAAUAAUAUUAAAGGCUUUAUAGUGUGGUGCUACACUACCGUUAUAUUGAUAUUGAUAAUAUUGAUUAAUAUUGAUGAACUUAACAAAUAUGAAUGGUUUGUCUCUCACUAUUGAGAUGUGUGUCGAUGAAGUGCGUGUGCGUGAAUAGUAAAUAUAACAAUCGUGACAAUGUGUCUAGUAAUAAGUCAACAAAACCAGUGAUGUGUUAAGGUUUUAGCGAAACAUAUAAAAAUUACAAAAAAACCCAUGCUAAUAUCGUUACUUGGGGAAUUUUUUUGUCAUUCUAUUUGUAUUUAAAAUCAAUGGUGCUAAUAUGAACUGUUGACUCUUAAAUGAAAUUUAUUUAUUAUUUUUUACUUACAUAAACAAAUAUACUUUAAAGAAUCAUAGUAGGUAUAAAUAAAAACAUCGAUCAUAUCCUUGAUAUGAAACUUAAUUUAAAAUAAUUUAAAAAACAAAUUAUUAGAUAAUACUACUAGUAUAAACAUAUAAUAAAUAAAUGUAAUAGAUAAGGUACCUUUUUGAAUGUUUACGCGUUACCCAGAGAUUCAGUUGUACAGCUAAGUCAAAGAUAGAAUUAAAGGAAAUAUCAACAACUAAUAUAACAUUAUGUUACGUAGAAACAAUCUCAUAGAGAAACGAUAUACACUUAUCAACAUUAAAAAAAAAUACAAAUACUGUUUAACAAAUUGCGCAUUUAUGGCCAUCUUAAGCUUUAAUUGAAAUGAUACAAAAUAUUUUAAGAAUACAAUGACUAGGUCCAUAACCAUAACCGUAUACAGCCUACUAACAGUGUUCUAAAAUAGAUCUACGAGUAAUCUAACAGAAAGUUAAUAAAAGUUAGCCGUAGUCGAUUACAGAUAGAUAUUUAAAAACGAUGUUAGAAAUCUAUAAUUUUAUUUUAAACCGAAUUUACCAUUCCAUGUUACCAUUAUAUGUACAACCAGACGGAUGCAUGUAUUUUUUGUAAGUUUUUUGUCGAUAAACAAUUCACUGCCUAAUUACGUCCCUAGUUAUGUUUGUAAAUUAUUUUUUGUAAAAUAUUGGCUUAAUGUUAAUGUUAAUUAAAUAUAAUUAAGUAGAAUUAUUUUUUUACUAACAAGUACUUAAGUUACUAUAGUAAAUAAAAUCACGAAUAGUCCAGU